GAGUCCCGCAGUCAGUCAAGGCGCAGCUGCAAGGUCUGCCGUGACGAGCGACGCGAACCAGGAUGAAGCUAGUUGUGACCCUGACUGUGAUUGCCCUCGCUGCAGCAUCACCGAGGAGCAAACGGGCCGCCUACGAGCUGCCAGACGGCGCAGAACUUCUGGUGGGUUCUGUGAAGACGUCCUUUACAUGCCCGGCCAAGAACGGCUACUUCGCCGACGUGGACAACAACUGCCAGAUCUUCCACGUGUGCAACGUGGUGCCCAAAGACGACGGCAGCGCCGAGGUGCAGCAGUAUAGCUUCCUGUGCGGCAACCAGACAGUCUUCAGCCAGCUCAGCCUGACGUGCGCCUUCGCGGAGGAGGCCGUGCCGUGCACCAACGCGCCGGACUUCUUCUACCUGAACGACAACAUCGGCGUCGAGAACACGCCGUUUCUGUCUGACGCCGACGUGCAGAAGGCUGCACAGCUGAUCCCGGGGUUCAAGGCCGCUGCAUCGUCGCUGUCCAACGUUGUGGUGCCAGGGGCGGGGCGCGGACGUCCCUUCUAACCACCGCGCAGCCAAGCAGGCGCGGGCAUUCUUUGGGCAACACCCCGGGAAGCCUGGAGAACGCUCCCAUGGAAUGCGAUGGAAUUCUUCGCGGCAAGCACAGAUACCUCAAAGCCGAGAGGUUACGGGAAAUUCACAUUGACCUGAGGAUUCAAGCUAGAGGACCCGCACGAGCAAGCCUCCUCUCAUAUGCGACGAUGACUAUUGAACUAGAAUUGCUGCGAUGCGAAUUUCGCUCCUCCGAGCAUCGGGAAGCUCCGCUUUUGUUUUCGGUAGCCAAGAGAAUUGUCCUCACUCUUUGGACAGCGUUCAUCAGGAGUGUCGACGUCGAUCGAAUGGGAACAGCAAUGUGCAGCUUGGCACCUCCAGCCAUGCUCCACAGAGGACUGGGGGUCACACGAGAACCCAUGUAGCUUCUCGUGACUGCGGUGGCCUCUCCUGCCACCUGGUCUUCCGCCAGCGAGGUGGUGGCUCACCUCCUCUUGAAGACGUUCGGUGCUCCGGAUCGCAAUGCCGAGCCGACCACUUCGGCUCCACUGGAAUAUGUUUGUUAGCGCGCACUCUUUCCUUUCGCAGCAGUGUCGCUUGCGCUUCCGUCUAGAUCGGUGUCUGCGCUACCAGCACGAUCCUCGGAAAAAGAACCUUCCGAUUCCUUUGUCGUUCGGUCGGCGAACCAGCCCUUCCUUUCUGUCCUUGCAACUCGCGCUUGAGGGUUGCUCUUCGCCGGCGCUCUUUCAUUCGCUUCGCUUCACGUGUACAUAAUGGAUACAGCAACCCUUUGCAUCGGGCAUCUUGUACAUUGGUUCACAUUAAAGGUGCAUCAAAUCACCGA